AUGAAUAAUGACCCGUUGCAGCAGCUGCUUGACAGCGUCGAAACCGACUUUCCAACGCAGGAUGUCAUCCUGCUACCUCCUACCACCGCAACUGUUGUGUCCAGCUCCGAUAGCGCUGCAGAAAUCAGCCACAGCAAGCUAGAGGCUGCGAUGACUCGAAGACGCCCCGCACCGCGAGGCACGGCGGCAUAUCCCCAAAAGCUAAUUCGCGAGAAACCGCUAGAAGUGAGCCUACCUUCAACCGCGCCGUCAGUUGAGCAACAACGGUCCAGUCUAGGCUACGGAUCUCCUCCAACUCCCGAUCUACAGUUUGGAGCUGACCUCAGCACUGUCACUAUUGAGACUGUGCUUUCUUGGGAUGUCUUUCAGGGUCGUUUUGAUGCUCAAUUGGACAUCAGAUCGGUCCUGAAGAAUUAUGAAAUGCCUCCGUCUCCGAUGACCUCGCCAGUUGGAGAGGCUAUUCCUUUGAUUAACAGCAUGGAGCUGGGGUCUUGCAAUAGGCUGCUCAAUAGCUUUCUGGGCCGCGUUCACAUUGCCAAUCCCAUCCUAGAUGUCGACUUGGUUCGUGGAUAUGUCCACCAUGCCUGUCUCAAUGGGAUUAACUGGGAUGCCCAGUCAUGUCUGGUGCUCCUUAUUUGCGCGCUAGGAUCUAUCGCAGAAGCUUUUCACGAUAUACACCCGCACACAUCGCUCAUGGCUCGGAACUCUCCCAGCUUCGCUUUAGCCAGGGCCUUUUUCGAAGCAUCACAGAAGCGGAUCGGGUUGCUGAUGCGUGGUAACGGCGUUCUCGAGGCGCAAUGCUUCUUCUAUUCGGGCGUCUAUCUGAUGACCAUUCAGCAGCCCAUGGACGCAUGGAGGCAUUUCGUUCAAGCAGCCGCUGUCUCGCAGGGAUUCGAUUUCUUGAGGAGAUCCGAAAGAUCGUUCGCUGGCGAAUUGUUACUUAGCGAGGAUAUGCAGCGCGAUCGAGCUUCGCAGGAAAGUAUCUACUGGACGUGCUUCAAGUCUGAGCUCGAGGUACGCAUGGAAUUGUCUUUGCCAGGGUUCGGGCUGCAAGAUCUGUCAUAUCCCAGUUCCUUCCCCAGUCCACCAUUAAACUACCUAGGAGAUGAAUCUGCGCGAGCCUGGUAUUACUAUCUCGCAGAAAUUGCGUUGCGUCGACUAGCCAAUCGCAUACUGUAUAACCUCUUCCGUCAUCAGGACAAUGGCCGGUUCCCGCGAAUCAACGAGAUGGUGGAAAUGACUGCUGCAUUUGAAGCAGAGGCUGUUGACUGGAUGGCAUCCCUCCCCCCAAUCUUCUCCCUCCAGACAUCCGAAGAACAAGACGACGUGCUCAAAUUCGUUCUCCGCGGCCAUCUUCUCGACUGCUACGAAUGGAUGUAUUUCCCCUUCAUGACCGAAACCAUCAACUACGGCCGCCGAGAGCCCAUCCUCGACGAAUACACUCGCAAGGGACUGGAAAUGUGCGCCGAACGCAUCCGCAAAAACGAGCCGGGCUUUCAGCACCGACACCACGGUGCGUGGCUUAUGUUGCGUACUUGCACGCGCAGCGCACUUAUCUUGUUGGCUGCUUGUCAUAGUCAGAUGGUACAGGAUUUGAUGCCGCAGGGAUGGAAGGAGGCGGUUUUGAGUGCGAUGAAUAUGUUGCGGUUUUGGGAAGACGAGGUUGGUGAUGCGCGGGAUCGGUUGCAGAUUUUGACUGUUUUGAUGGCCGAGCUGGGCUGGUAG